UUUAUAGGAUAUGUGCAGUCGAUCCAAUUUACAGUGUAUAUGCUGCAAUCAGUUGCUUGGAGACGACCCGCUUUGCUCAGCCGGAGGGUUGUCUGGAUUUGUGUUGUGUGUGCGCAAAGUGCCUGUAGUGGGUGGCAACGGCGCCAGUUGCUGGAAGAUUGGCAGGCGCGACUGUGAGGCAGCUGCGUUGCCUAUGUUGAGGGCCACCUCUGAAGAGGAUGAGUGUGUGGCAGCGUCAUUUGGUGGAGCGUCGUUGCGACGAGCUGCAUUUUUCUGUUUGUAUGCCUUGACAGAACACACAUUAAUGAUCUCAUAUUCCCUUUAGUCUCAUUCAUAUUAGCUGUCAAUCA